AUGGCGCACCUACACCUCGCCCAGCCACACACAACCGCCGCCAUCUUCUCGCCCUCAGUCGCGCGCGCCGCCGCCUCCACCGCCAAAGACUGGGCCUAUGUCGACAGCUGGCUGCGGACCAGAUACGCGCAGCUCCACCCCUCCAAUGGCCGCAGCAAGAAACCCCCGAUCUUCGAGCGCAACCAGGACACCCUGAACGCCCUGCUGGCCCUAGUCGCCGCGAACGAGGCCGCCGACGAGGAGCGCGAACAGCUGGGGCGCAUAGAGGAAGCCGCGCUCAACGAAGUACGGGAUGCCGAGGCCGAGAGGGCCGGACGGAGACAACAAGCCGGUGAAGGACGAGCGGAUGUUAAUGUUAUCGACGGCGACCUCCUCGCCGAGGAACUCCUGCACGCCAUAGACGACGGCCUAAACAAAGAGGGCCGCACCGCUCUCGACGCCAUGGCCGACGUGGCCAUUGAGCUGGGCAUGGCAAGCCCACAGCCCGUCGUCGAGGCCCUGGGCCACCGCUUCGUCGAGCUGCAGGGCCGCGCCUUCGAGAUGGAGCAGACGGUCCACCGUGUCGGCAUGCUGCAGCGCUACCUCGACACCGAGGCCGCUCGCAUGGAGGUCUUCCUCGACGAGCUGCGGGGCGACGAGUACCAGCCGGAGGAGGACCUUGCGCAGCAGAACCUGGAGUUGCAGCGCAAGGUCAAGGCUGUGUCCGCCAGGUUGCCUGAGCUGAAGCAGCAGGUCAUCGCGCUUGAGAAGACCGUUGGUAUCCCGAGUCUUACCGUUGAAGAGGUCAGGGAGGAUGAGGAGGCCUAUUUGGAUUUGCUAGCCAAGAAGAAAGACCUUGAUGCCCAGGUCAAGGCAUUUGCUGGUUUGCCUCCCGACAUUGAGGCCGCAAGAGUCGAACUGGAGGCCCUGCGCACCGAACUACGCGACGCAACCAACGAGAGGGAUACCAAUUUCGAGAAGCUUGUCGAACGUGAGAGUCCCGCCAAGUUUAGAAGGAGGCCGUGA